AUGAAUAAAAACUUGGGCUCAUCCCAAAUGCCUGACUAUCUCCAAGGCACGAAUACUUAUGUAGUUCCUUCAGUGAAGAAUCUUAGCCCAAAGAGGAAGAAGGUUUAUCCUGCUGUAAACAACAAAAUCAGUGAUAUUUUACCUAAUGGGAAUUAUAUGAAAUAAAGAUCAUCUACUAACCUUGAUAACUUCAAGAAAUGAGAAUGAGUUAAUCCAAGGCAUCCCACAAACUUUGUCUAGAGAUAGUAGUGGCAAGAGUUUGCCAGAUGUAGUUCCUACCAAAGGAUCUAACAAUAAGAAUCUAUUCAGAAUUAGCUAUAACAAGAGAAAAGCAAUCAAUAACAGUGCUAAAUAAAAUAUCGAUGACCAAGGACGUAGAGAGCAGCUAUAAAAUUAAAUAAAGGAGAAUUCAGUUGUUAUUUAGAUAGCAGUAAAGUUGAUAGAAGCUUCAACUCUCUCAAAGCAUUAUCAGUAAGGAAUAAACACCUGGUUUCAGCAAGAGAGGAGAGUCUUGAUGAGCAAGAAUAUUCAAAUGUAUGCCCGAAGUUGCAAAAAUAUGAUUCAAAAUCAUCUCUAAAAGAGAGUAACAAAAAUAGUGCAUUCACAUUCAACACUCAAAGAAGGUCUUCUUCAAUAGUCCACAAGCAUCCAAAAGCUUUUAUCAAUCACAAUUUAAGCAUGGACAAGAGUAUUAUAGAAUCUCCCCACAAAUAUGAUCUGUUACUGAAGAAAUACUUUGGAUAUCGCUAUAAAGGUGGUCCUCCAAAAGUAAUCGAGAAACUGACCAAUAAUAAUCAAAGUUUACUUCCCCACAUUGAGAAGUAUUCUCAGAAUCUGAUUAGUCAAUGUUCUCCUAAGAAAGUUGUUCUUUCUUCCAAGAAAUAUCUGAAGAGUAAAUUUGACAGCAAGAAUCUCCCUCAACUGACCUUACCUCAGAACAAAAAUCUUGAGAGGGAUUUAAGGAUCCACUUUAAGAUGUCCAAGAAGACCAAGAGUCCUCGCAGGUCCAAAGAUGGACUUUAA